CGCAGAACUGGUGAGAUAUAUAAGAGUGCCUGUCCGGCCCAGCCUGCGGAUUGGAAUUUGGCCCCCAACACACCCCUCUUUCCUUAUCCCUCCACCAUUUUACAUCUGGAUGGCGGAACUAAUCAAGUUUGCCGUCAAAGGCGUCGCUGGAGGUAUUGGCCUCGCCUCAGAGAGCGCAAGUGCGUACAAAAGUCGAAGAAAAGCGAAGAAAGACGCAGAGAGAGAUGGAGAAGCUUCCCCUCCUCGCUAUGGGGGGCCCAACGAGAGAGCUUCCUCCGAGGACGAUGAAGCAGAGCAAUGGGAGUUAGACGAAGCACAGGACGAAGUCGUAGGCGGAUCGAACCCGCAGCGCCGACCAAUUCAGGAUACGGAAGUGCUACUCUACGAGUUCAUUCGGCAAUAUCCCCAGCCGGCGUACUCAGAACGAUCGACCACAUCGAGGUUGCCAUAUCCAGUGGUCCUGCCACAAAGGCGACCAAAGGAUCGUUCUCGCGGCUUUGUUAGAGCCUAUGCACCCAUUCUCGAGAAUCGCGGCAUUGAUCAAACCAUGUUCCUCGAUUUCCUUGAAACGUUUAACGAGGCUAGUCAGGCUUCACAGUGGUUGAAUGCCAUUAACCUGGCUACUAUUGGAACCAUGUUUUUGCCGCAUGGCAUUUCUGCGGCUGUCUCAAUUGCUAUUCAAGUGACGACCAAGAUCGCGAUUGAAAUGCAGAGCAGAUCAAGGACGAACUCUUUCCUUGACAAGGUCAAUGACGAGUUUUUCCGUCCGCGCGGUCUGUACUGUUUGCUCAUGACCUGGAGUCCCGAAUCGGACGAGAUUCAUACUGCUGUGAACAUCACAACGACCGUGUCUGAGUCCCUAAAGCCAAGUGGAUCGGGCUACGCUCAGAGGAUCAAACGUAAUCUGCGUUCAUCUAGCGGAAAGUCGUACGGUAACUUGGAUUUUCCAGAAGUAGCACCACUGAUAUAUCCGGGACUAGACUAUCUGGCCUCUCAGGAAAGUGAACCUGCCGUAGAGCAGAAGAAGAAGCUGAAAAAAGGCAAAGCUUUCGUUGAAGAUUAUAUGGAUAGACGAGCACAGGCAAAAUUCGCGGGAAAGAAUCCAGGCAACACAUUGGCCCAAGGACCAAAGCCGACGUUUACUUCACGAUACGCCGACCCCAACCAUCCUGCCAAUAGUGGCUCCAUUGUCUCUCUUCUCACUGGAGGUUACAUCAACCCGCCUUCUCUUGGCGGUGGAGGCGGAAGAGGACUCGGGGGCAGCGGACAAGGCGGAGGUCUUGGCGGCGGUGGUGGUAGGGUGUCCGGCGGCGGGCUUGGAGGAGGUGGCGGCAGAGGACUAGGAGGAGGCCUGGGUAAUGGUGGUGGUUUUGGUAGUGGAAGAGGACUCGGAGGAGGCUUUGGUGGAGGUGGGGGUAGAGGGCUCGGUGGAGGUCUGGGGGGUGGUGGCGGUUUUGGCGGAGGAAGAGGACUUGGGGGCGGCCUCGGUGGUCUUACUUCACUUAGAGGACUCGGCGGAGGCCUGGGAGGAGGUUCUGGUGGUUUAGGCGGCCUGGGAGGGAGCGGCGGUCCUAUAGGACUCGUGAAGAAGACGCUCAAGAAGAACGUCCUCUAUCUCAUGAUCGUCAAUAUGCCUACGGAUGAAGAAAUGGAGGAGGCACGACGGUUAACAGCAGAGCUAGAAGCUGAUCCUGAAGCUAAACAAUACCGGUACUAGAUGUUUCCUGCUCUCAGUUUUAGUCUCCGCAAUAUUUAGUAUGAAUAACUGUCGCAUAAUGCGAAAUGCUAAGCUUAUAUAUGUUUAAACAAUUAUAUAUUCUGCAUUUUUAAUACUUAAUUUAAAAUUAGC